GAGGAGGGGAGGAGGAGGGAGGGAGAGAGGUAGAGGAGGGAGCCAGACACUUGGAAACGCUUCACAGCGGGACAAGCAAUCGAAUCUAACGGCGCUCAGCAGCCACGGACACGGACGAGGAAGGUGAUGCCGUGGAGCGUGGAUUCGGGUGGCAUGAUGUCAUUUGCCAAGCUCCUGCUGCCCCUCGUAAUUCUCAACUCUUACUGUGAAGCUUCCAACCAGCCGCCGCGGUUCCUGAACUACUUCUUCUCCACAUAUCUCCUCAUCUACGAAGAUAUGCCCGUUGGUUCGUCUGUGGCCCAGCUGAAGGCGACGGACCCAGAAGGGGAGCCCCUCAUAUACGGGGUGUCGGGAGAGGAAGCAAUGCGGUAUUUUUCAGUCAACAAAGACACUGGAGUUGUCUGGCUACGACAGCAGCUGGACCGGGAGACCAAGUCGGAGAUGCAGGUUGAGUUCUACGUGAGUGACAUCCAAGAGGUGGUGAAAGACACCGUAAACAUCCAGAUCGGGGACGUGAACGACAACGCGCCGAUCUUCCACGGCCAGCCGUACACCGUCCACAUCCCAGAGAACACACCGGUGGGCAGAUCCAUUUUCAUGGUCAACGCCACAGAUCCAGACCAGGGCACCGGGGGCAGCGUGCUCUUCUCUUUCCAGCCUGCUUCUCCUUUCUUCUCCAUUGACGGUGCUCGGGGGACAGUCACUGUCAUCAAGUCCCUGGAUUACGAGAUGACCUCGGCCUACCAGCUCACUGUCAACGCAACUGACCAAGAUAAAGUAAGGCCGCUUUCCCGUCUGGCCAACUUAGCCAUUACCAUCACCGACGUCCAGGACAUGGACCCCAUCUUCACCAACCUCCCCUACAGCACCAACAUAGAAGAGGAUGUCCCACUGGGUUAUGAAGUGCGCAAGAUAACAGCCAUUGACCAGGAUCUGGGUCGACCAAGGGGCAUCGGCUACACCAUCAUCUCAGGGAACACCAACAGUGUUUUCGCUCUGGACUACAUCAGCGGAGCCUUGACGGUGAACGGACAACUUGACAGAGAAAACCCACUUUACUCUGCAGGAUUCACUCUGACUGUCAAGGCCACGGAGCUGAAAGAUGACCGCAGCCCGUCGGACGCCACGGUGCGGACCACCUUCACCAUCCUGCUUAUAGACAAGAACGACAACGCUCCCAAGUUCAACAGCUCUGAGUACCGGGUCCGCAUCACUGAGCUGGCCCAGGUGGGCUUUGCUCUGCCUCUCUUCAUCCAGGCUGAAGAUAAAGACGAGGGGGUGAACAGCAUGUUCCAGGUGUUUCUGACUGGGAACAACUCAGAGUACUUCACCAUCUCCCCGACAGCGGUUCAGGGGCGAGCCGACAUCAGAAUGAGGGUGGCCAUGCCGCUGGACUAUGAGAACAUCCGCACCUUCGCCUUCUCUCUCUAUGCUAACGAGUCCAUGUCCGACCACGUGGGAUUCGCACGGGUCUUUAUCGACCUCAUCAAUGAGAACGACAAUCGACCCAUCUUCAGCAAACCGCUUUACAACAUCAGCCUGCCUGAGAACACACCCAGUGGGACCUCCCUACUGCGCAUCCUGGCUACAGAUGGAGAUGCAGGCACAUUUGGCGUUGUGCGUUACUUCUUCAGUGACGAACCAGACCAAUUUACAUUGGAUGCUGUGACCGGCUGGGUGAUUCUGAGAGCCAGUCUGGACUAUGAACUGAUGCGGCGCUUCACGCUGACCGUGCUGGCGAGGGACGGAGGCGGGGAGGAGACCACCGGCCGGAUCCGUGUCAAUGUGUUGGACAUCAACGAUAAUGCGCCGCUAUUCCAGAAGGAGGCGUACGUGGGUUCGCUGAGAGAGAAUGAGCAGGCGGUGCAGCCGGUGGCGCGGAUCAGGGCAACAGAUGAGGAUUCGCCUCCCAAUAACUUCCUGACAUACACCAUCAGUUCAGCCUCUGCCUUCCCCAACUACUUCAGCAUCAUCAUGGUGGAGGGCUACGCUGUGAUCAGCGUCAUCCGACCUCUGGAUUAUGAGCGAGUCCCCAACGGAGUCAUUCAUUUGACAGUGAUGGCCAAAGAUGGGGGAAACCCGCCGCUGAACAACACAGUGUCUGUGACUGUGGAGGUCAUUGAUGAAAACGACAACCCUCCCGAGUUCAGCAAGCCGUCUUACAUCGUCAAAAUCCCGGAGAACAUUAACGCCGGGGCAACUGUGCUGCUUGUGAAUGCUACUGAUUUGGACGCCUCUCGGGAGUUCGGCCAGGCCUCACUCAUCUACUCCCUGGAGGGCUCCUCUCAGUUCCGUCUCAACUCACGAUCAGGGGAGAUCACCACCACAGCCCUGCUGGACCGUGAGUUGAAGUCUGAGUACAUCCUCAUCAUCAGAGCUGUGGAUGGAGGCGUGGGCCCGCAGCAGAAGACCGGCAUCGCCACGGUGAACAUCACCAUCCUUGAUAUCAACGACAACGCCCCCUUGUGGAGGGACGAACCGUACCGCGCCAACGUGGUGGAGAUGAGCCCCAAGGAUACCGACGUCAUCUCGGUAUUUGCAGUCGACCCAGACAACGGGAACAAUGGCACAGUGGUCUACAGCAUCAGUCCUCCAAACCCAUUCUACAGCCUAAACAGCAUCACUGGCAAGAUCCGCACCAGCGGGGUAACCCUGGACCGGGAAAGCUCCAACCCCACGGACGCUGUCCUCAUGAGGAUAAUCGUCAUCUCUGCCGUUGAUCGCGGAAGGCCUCCACUGCGCGCCUCUGCGAGCACCACCGUGUUCGUCAACCUGCUGGAUCUUAACGACAACGACCCAACGUUUGUCAAUUUACCGUUUGUAGCUGAGGUGCCCGAAGGUCUGCCUAUUGGCUCCUCUGUUUUUAAGGUCCAAGUGGAGGAUCCGGAUGAAGAUAAGAAUGGUUUGAUAACCAUGGCGCUGCAGAUGGGCAUGCCUCGUCUGGACUUCCAUCUCAACACCUCCACUGGAGUCCUCACCUCGACAGCCACGCUCAAUCGCGAGGAGAUCGCACAGUACCACUUGAGGAUAAUCGCUUUCGACGCGGGGAAGUUCCCUCGCACCUCCACCUCGACGCUCACCGUGACAGUUCUGGAUAUAAACGAUGAGACACCCACCUUCAACCCCCGCUUGUACAACGUGUCGCUGAAGGAGAACGUCCCCCGAGACUUCAUCGUCGCUCAUCUGAGCUGCUCUGACAACGACGCUGGCCUCAAUGCUGAACUUAGCUACUUCAUUACAGGUGGAAAUCAAGACGGCAAGUUCAGUGUGGGCUUCAGAGACGGUGUCGUUCGGACUGUGGUGGGCCUGGACAGAGAGACGCAGGCAGCGUACACCUUGGUUGUUGAAGCCAUCGACAAUGGUCCAGCUGGCAGCAGAAGAACUGGCACCGCCACGGUGUUUGUGGAGGUGCAAGACGUCAAUGACAACAGGCCCAUCUUCCUGCAGAACAGCUAUGAGACAAGCGUGCUGGAGAGUGUUCCCCAGGGCACCAGCAUACUUCAGGUUCAAGCAACUGAUGCAGACCAGGGGGAAAAUGGCCAAGUCCUGUACAGAAUUAUCACCGGAAACAGCAAUAGACUGUUCAGCAUCGACCAGCAGUCGGGGCUUGUGACCAGAGGAGUCAAAGCUCUGGACAGAGAAGCGAGCAGCUCCCACGUGCUGGAGGUGGAGGCCUACAACAGCGACGAAGGCAGCAUGAGGAGCUCCGUCAGGGUGAUUGUGUAUGUGGACGAUGCCAACGACGAAGUUCCAGUGUUCACGCAGCAGCAGUACAACCGUCUGGGUCUGAGAGAGACGGCUGGCGUCGGAACGUCUGUGAUUGUGGUCCGGGCCACGGACCCUGACACCGGUGAUGGUGGAUCGGUCGCAUACGCUCUAGUGUCAGGCUCAGACCGCAAGUUCGAAGUGGAUGUCAGCACCGGCCUGGUUACCACCGUGGACUACCUGGACUACGAAACCAAGACCACCUACCUGAUGAACGUCUCGGCCACUGACCAGGCGCCGCCGUUCCACCAGGGCUUCUGCACCGUCUACGUGACUCUGCUGAACGAGCUGGACGAGGCCGUGGCCUUCUUCGCGACGAGUUAUGAGGCGUCGCUGCUGGAGAACAUCGCCACCGGGACGGAGGUGGUCCAGGUCCAAGCUCAGUCUGCAGACAACUUGAACCAGCUGACGUACAGAUUUGACCCUGAUACUUCACCUGCUGCUCUGGCGCUCUUCAAAAUCGACAGCGUCACAGGCCGGAUCACUGUGACGGGGCUGCUGGACAGAGAGAAGGGGGACGUGUACACACUGACAGUUGUGGCCGAUGAUGGUGGACCCAAAAAGGACUCCACAGUGGUGUCGGUGACCAUUUUGGAUGAGAACGACAAUAGUCCGGUGUUUGACAUCACGUCCGAUACGUCAGUGGACAUCUACGAGGACACCGUCAUGGGGAAGAAAGUGGCAGUGGUGCUCGGAAGGGACCGCGAUGCUGGCCUGAACGGACUGGUCAACUUCUCUCUGGUGGCCGGCAACAUGGAGGACGUGUUUAAGAUCAAGACGGUGAACCACACAUACGGAGAGGUUUACGUCAAUGCUCCUCUCGACCGAGAAGCUGUGGACCGCUAUUUGCUAAAGGUGCGCGCCACAGACAACGGUUCUCCUCCGCGGCACUCGGACCACUCGCUCACUGUCAACAUCCUAGAUGUCAACGAUAACCCGCCGGUGAUUGAAAGCCAGAGGGGCUACAACGUCAGCAUCAGUGAGAACGUCGGCGGAGGAACAUCUGUGCUCCGGGUGGUGGCCACCGACCAGGACAUUGGUUCCAAUGCGAUGCUGUUUUACUACAUCACUUCGGGAAAUCAGGACCUGACCUUCCGCAUGGACCGCGUCACGGGCGAGAUGGUGACCCGGCCGGCACCUCCCGAUCGAGAGCGCCAGCAGGAGUACCAACUGACUGUCACCGUGGAGGAUGACGGGACACCUCCAUUGUCGGCGACAACCACCAUCAAUGUUCUGAUUGUGGAUGAAAACGACAAUGCUCCAGAGUUUCCCGAGGAGGAGUACGUCACCGUCCUCAGCGAGGGUCCCGACACCGUGGGCGCCACCAUCGCCACAGUUACAGCCAUCGACCCGGACGAGGGACUGAACGGAACCCUGCGAUACGCCAUCGCUCAAGGCAACCUGGUCCAGACGUUUCACAUCAACAGUGUGACGGGGAGGAUUACCGCUGUGAAGGAGCUGGACUUCGAGAUCAGCAACGGUCACUAUGCUCUGGUGGUCACAGCUACGGACCAGUGCCCAAAUCCUGCUUAUCGCUUGACGUCCAGCACAACUGUGCUGGUGAACGUCUUGGACAUCAAUGAUGUGACGCCCACUUUCCCCAGAGCCUAUGAGGGACCUUUUGAGGUGACAGAAGGUCAGCCAGGCCCCAGGGUCUGGACGCUGAGAGCCAGCGAUGAAGAUUCAGGCCUGAAUGGAAAAGUGGAGUACAGCAUCACUGCUGGAGAUCACCAGAAUGAGUUCAUGGUCUCUCCUGUGGAGGGGGAACUCCGUGUGAGGAAAGAUGUGGAGCUGGACAGAGAGAGCACAGCGUUCUACAACAUCACCGUCACCGCCCGAGACCUGGGGACGCCCUCGCGUAACAGCUCGGUGGUGGUCGGCGUCAUCGUCUUGGACAUCAACGACAACGACCCGGUCCUUCUGAACCUUCCCCACAACACCAGCGUGAGCGAAGGAGCCGCCAUUCACACGUCCGUGGCCAGGGUCCGAGCACGCGAUGCUGACAGCGGACGCAACGCCCUGCUCACCUACAACAUCACCGCCGGCAACCUGGACGGAGCCUUCUACGUCAACGACACGACAGGUGUGGUGCAGGUGAAUCGACCUCUGGACAGAGAGCGAGUGGCCGAGUACAGACUCACUAUAACCGUCAAAGACAAUCCAGAAAACCCACGUAUUGCGCGCAGGGACUCUGACCUGCUGGUGAUCACAGUCCUGGAUGUGAACGACAACCGACCCGUCUUCACCAGGAGCAGCUACAGGGCCGAGAUCACUGAGAACUCUGCAGCAGGCACUCCAGUGGUGGUGCUGAACGGGCCUGUUCUGGCUCAGGAUAAAGACAUAGGGCGCAAUGCUGUGGUGAAGUACUGUCUGCUGGGUCCCAGGGUGGACCUCUUCACUGUGGACGCCACCACAGGGGAAAUUCUUGUGGGUCCAGAGGCGAAGUUGGACCGAGAGGCUUUUCUGGAGCCUCGUGUGGAGUUGUUCCUGGUGGCUGAGGACAUCGGGGGUCUGAAUAACAGCGUUCCUCUGACGGUCACCAUACUGGACCAGAAUGACAACCCGCCUGUUUUCAGCCCGUCCAGUUUCAGUGUUCGACUCCCGGAGAACAGCCCGACUGGUGUGGUGGUCACUCAGCUCUCGGCCACCGACGCUGACUCGGGGAUAAACGGCUGGCUGACCUAUCGACUGGUCAGCGGCGCUCAGGACCGCUUUGUGGUGGACUCCCUCUCCGGUGCCGUUCUGGUGGGCAACACCACCUUGGACAGGGAGGAGCGUGGGUCAUACCGCCUCGUCGUCAUGGCGACCGACCGCGGCACUCCUCCUCUGUCGGGGACGGCCACCCUGACGGUCAUCUUGGACGACGUGAACGACUCACGCCCUCGCUUUAUUGAGCCCAUAACCAUGAUAAACGUGAACGAGUCCACACCGCCUGGCGUCGUGGUGGCCACGCUGACGGCCGAGGAUCCGGACCUGCACCCCCGGCUGGAGUACUACAUCAUCUCAGUGGAGGCAAAGGACGAUGGGAACAAACCAGUUGAAGGCCUGCAAGAAUCCUUUGGCAUCGACUUACACACUGGUGCAGUGUUUGUUCGCAACCCUAUCAACAGAGAGCAGGUGGCAACAUUUGACAUCAUCGUGUCAGUCCAUGACAACGCCAGCGAAGUUCUUGACAAGUCCGGCAGCGUUCCCAACGCCCGUCUGACCAUAAAUGUUUUGGAUGUGAACGACAACGCGCCGCGGUUCCGACCCUUCGGAGUGUCCAACUUCACAGAGAAGAUUCUGGAGGGAGCUCAGCCAGGCACGACGCUGCUGUCUGUGUCAGCUGUGGACCCAGACAAGGGUCCCAACGGUCAGGUCAUCUACCAGCUGCUGCACUUACCCCGAGGAGGCUACGUGAGACUGGAGGACCCCUCCACUGGGAAGAUAGUGGCCAACAAGACGGUGGACUUUGAGCAAAUUCAGUGGCUGAAUUUUACAAUAAGAGCUCAAGAUCACGGCUCGCCCCCGAGGAUUGCUGAGCUUCCCGUUUAUCUCCGCAUAGUCGACGUCAACGAUAACAACCCGGUCUUCCUGCAGCCGUCCUAUCAGGAGCCGGUGUUUGAGAACGUGGACCUGGGAACCACCAUAGUGCGAGUCAGUGCCACCGAUGCUGACUCAGGACUCUUUGCUGUGGUUGAGUACAGCCUGGUGGACGGGGAGGGCAAAUUCGGAAUCAAACGGGCAACAGGUGAGAUAUACAUCCUCUCACCUCUGGACCGGGAGACCAAGGACCAUUACACCCUGACCGCCGUGGCCCGGGACAACCCCGGAGGCAGCUCCAACAACAGGCGAGAGAACUCUGUGCAGGUUCUGGUGACGGUUCUGGACAUCAACGAUUAUCGUCCCAGGUUCGCGGAGAGACGCUACAACACCAGCGUGUUUGAGAACGAGCCCAGCGGAACCUCUGUGAUAACUGUGAAAGCUGUCGACUUGGACGAAGGAGAGAACGGUGCCGUGCUCUACAGGAUGCUGGGAGCCCACUCUGACGCCUUCUCCCUGGACCCAAACACUGGUCUGAUUCGUUCUCGCCGUCUGCUUCAGUCGUCUGAGAGUUUCAACCUGACAGUAGUGGCGACAGACCAGGGCCGACCCCCUCUGUCUGGGACCGCCGACCUGAUCAUCACUGUCAUAGACGUCAACGACAACAGACCCGUGUUCGUAAGACCUGCCAACGGAACCAUCAUCCACAUAUCUGAGGAGCAGCCUCCAGGUCUGCCAGUAUACGAGGUCCACGCAACAGACUCGGACGAAGGAGUGAAUGGAGAAGUCCGCUACGGCUUCCUGCAGACCGGAGCGGGCAACAGAGACUGGGAGAACUUCCACAUCGACGCCAUUUCUGGAGUCAUCACCACGACGGUCAAACUGGACCGAGAGAAGCAAGCUCUUCUCAGCCUUAUCAUCGUGGCCCGGGACAUGGGCCAGCCUGUGCCUUAUGAGACCACUCAGCCUCUGCAGGUGGCGCUGUUGGACAUUGACGACAAUGAGCCGGUCUUUCUUAAACCGCCUCGCGGAGGUUUGCCUUAUCAAAAGCUGACUGUGCCUGAACACUCCCCGACUGGGACGGUGGUGGGGAACGUGACCCGAGCGGUGGAUGCCGACGAAGGCUCCAACGCCAUUGUUUACUACUUCAUAGCAGGAGGAAACAGCGAGGGCAACUUCGGCCUGAGUUUGGAGGGUGAACUGAAGCUGUUCCGAGACCUGGAUCGCGAGGAGACUCCGGUCUACUCCAUCAUCAUCAAGGCUUCCAGCAAUAGAGUCUGGUCUCCACCUAGAGGUCAAAGGGCAGCACGGGCCAAAGCCCUGGACCCCUCCCGAGACCCCAGCCUGCUGGAGGUCCGGAUCGCACUGGAGGACAUCAACGACCAGAAACCUAGGUUCCUAAAGUCGGAGUACACAGCAGGGGUCGCCGCCAACGCCAAAGUGGGAUCGGAGCUCAUCAAGGUCCUGGCUGUCGACAACGACAUCGGCAACAACAGUUUGGUCCAGUACCACAUCGUCACCAUCCGAUACUUCCAGUCUCAAAGUAACGGGAGUGAAGACAUGGGCAGCAUCUUCACCAUCGGAUUGACUGACGGAAUCAUCCGAACCUACAACCUCUUCACUGCCUACGACCCCGGCUACUUCCAGCUGGAGAUCCUGGCGUGCGACCUGGCGGGACACAGCACGACCACCAACGUCAACAUCUACAUCCUGCGGGACGACCAGCGAGUCAAGAUCGUCUUCAACGAGAUCCCCGACCUGGUGCGCGACAGCCAGGACGACUUCAUCAACCUGCUGUCCAACAUCACCGGGGCCAUCGUCAACAUGGACGACAUCCAGUUUCACGUGGACAAGAAGGGGCGGGUCAACUACGCCCAGACUGACAUGCUGAUCCAUGUUGUCAACAACCAGACCAACACCAUCCUGGACGUUGAGAGGGUGAUCCAGAUGAUCGACGAGAACAAGGAGCAGUUGAGGAACCUGUUCAGGAAGUACAACGUGGUGGACGUGCAGCCGGCCAUCAGUGACAAACUGCCCGACGACAUCUCCACGCUGCAGCUGGCCAUCAUCAUCCUGGCGGUGCUGCUCUGCUUGGCGGGAAUUUUGUUUGUCACCAUGAACUGGCACUAUCGCAGAGUACACCAGAGGAAGCUAAAAGCCAUCGUCGCCGGAUCCACAGGUAACCAGGGGCUGAUGGACAUCAUGGACAUGCCCAACACCAACAAGUACUCUUUUGAGGGGGCAAACCCAGUGUGGCUCGACCCGUUUUGUCGGAACCUGGAGUUGGCAGCUCAGGCUGACCAUGAGGACGACCUGCCUGAAAACCUGAGUGAGAUCACAGACCUGUGGAACAGCCCGGCGCGCACUCACGGAACGUUCGGCCGAGAGCCUCAAGCCAAGCCCGAGGACGAUCGGUACCUGAGAGCCGCCAUUCAAGAGUACGACAACAUCGCCAAGCUGGGCCAGAUCAUGAGAGACGGACCCAUCAAGGGCUCGCUUCUCAAGGUGGUUCUGGAUGACUACCUGAGACUGAAAAAACUCUUUGCAGCGCGACUGGUCAACGUGUCCACUGGUCAGGGAGACCACUCGUCCAUCUCCGAGCUGAUCCAGAGUGACCUCGACGACGAUGAAGACGAGCGACUCAGCAUGGGCGGAGGUCGCGGCACCCUGCGCUUCAAACACAAGCUCCCUGUGGAGCUGAAGGGUCCGGAUGGCGUGCACGUGGUGCACGGCAGCACCGGCACCCUCCUCACCUCUGACCUCAACAGCCUGCCAGAGGACGACCAGCGGGCCCUGGGCCGUUCUCUGGAGGCCCUGAACGCCGACGGGGGUCUUUACUCGGAACGGAACGCCCGCACCGAGUCCGCCAAGUCGACGCCGAUGCACCGGCACAAAGACGGCGACGUCCUGUCCGAGUCUCCGCUGGAGAUCACGGAGUUAUGACUAGCCGAGGCCUCGCUGGUCUGAGCUGCAGCCAGCUCACGCUUCGCCUCCGGUGAGAACCGCAGUGUGUGCGGCCGCAUCAGCAUCAGUGAGCGAGAGUCCACUCACCGCUGCUUCAUGCUGGGAUGAGCAGUUUGUUUGGCUUGGAAGGAGAAAAAAAAAUCUUUUGGCGCAGCACACACUUUCUUAGAGUCAUCAGGUGCCUCCUCAUCGACAGUCCGCGCACACUCAGACCGUCUGUGAGCGGCGGGAAAUAGAUGUUUUUAUCUGUGUGAAAGGAGAAAUCAAAGAGCACAAAAAUGUUUCUGUUGAUGCUUGGAAGACUGACGCUCCGAACCAAGACGGAGGAGCAACAUGGCCGAAGAGAGAACACCGUCCUCCUGCUGCUCUCCAUCUCAAGCAUGCACAGAACUCAUCGGCUCCAGACAAAAAAAAAAAAGGAAAAGUAACAGCAGUCAACAAACGCCUGCUUUAGGAUUACUCAAUGGAUUUUCUAAAUGUAUGAAUAGUUGAUUUUCUAAAUGUGAAGAUGGCACUGUGCCCACAGACUUCUCACUGCCACUAGAGGGAGUCAAGACAAGAUGAGCAGCGUUUUGCUUUAUUUUUUUAUUUUACAAAAGAGGUCAUGGAGUUCAGAUAUUUUUGAAGAUCAAUGCUGACUUACCAAAACAGAGUUUAUUUGGAUGUCUGUGGAUGUAAGUGUUGCUAUGGUGACAUGUUUUUUUUAUUUGUUUGGAGACUGACAGUGUUUCUGAUGAGUGGUGUGUUUUUAAAAUUAAUUUUUUAUAUUUCCAUUUUGUAUGUUUUUAUUUGUCAUUAUUGUCACCAACUGAGAUCUGUGAUAAUAAAAUAAA